CCCUCGACGACAUCACUUUUCCCCGUCUACCUUAGCGUUCCAACAACUGAAAUGUAAACAUUUAUAGUUCCUACUGCGUUAUCUUUAUAUAUAUAAUAAUAAAUAAUAAAUGAACGUGAAUAUAAAAUAAUAAAUGGACGUGUUUAGAUCAUGCCUGAAUCUUAACGACAUGAAUGCCAAAAAUAAUAACGAUGAGGAUCCCAGUACUGAUGAUCAUAUACCCAUUGCUGUGCAAAUAUUCCUAUGGAGGCAAACAACACCCUUCAUGCGACCGAGAUUCGGAAAAGUACACGAUUCUACAUGCAUGUUCUGUCAACGAGCUCCAGGACAUCACUCAUUUGAAAAAGUGUUAGUACAAAAUCUUCGUUUUGGUCUAAGUCCAAGUCUCACUGAAGCAAUUGAAACUAUACCGAGAUGGAGGUUGAUACAGGCUUCAUUGCCACAUGUGAUGCAUGCUCUGGCGGGUCUUUUGCAUACCAGAGUAAAAGACAAUAUGCAAACCCUAGGAAAUGUGGAGACCAAACUCCUGUACACCUUGCACUGGAUCUUACUUGAUGCAUCAGAUGAGUGUGCCGAUAGUGAUUAUGAGAAAGAAAAAUUUUAUACCGACCCCUUCCAUUACUUAUUUUCCAUACCAGCCAUGACACUGUUUGUCUUCCUAUUCGCUCCUCUAUCCCAUCACCUAAAAGAGUCGGACUUCACAAAUAACUACCGUUUAGAAAAUGGUCUGAAGUUGUGGCAGGCUAUGUGGGAGUUCCGACAUCCAGAUGCACCAUGCUUCACUAUGUUGGUGAAACCGAAGCCUAUACCAUUUGGUGGACAGUUUUUUAGACGAAAUCAACAUGGAGAUGUCUUUAUGGGCCGCAAGUUUUCCAAGGAAGAUAGUAUAGUGAAUGGUAGCCCUCCGAAUCAGCAUAUUUCCAUAGUACACGCAGAACCAACACCCAAGCAGGCUAGCACUGAGGAUGAGCCGUGGCUGUCUUCUCCAAAGGAUACGAUCUUCCCUGAAACCAUCCCUGAGGAAAGCUCGAGUACUGAAGAAGAACAUGUGUUUAUAUAUCGUCUUCCCUCGGAACAAAAUUUCGGUGGAAGCAAUAAGGGCUCAUACACAGUGUACGCCGCUGAUCCCAGCAUAUUCCAACGAAAACCCGAAACCAGCAAACCAACACUACCUGGCAUUAAACCUUUACCGCAGAUAACUAAAAUGAGUUCAUCAGAUAAAGAUUCCCUUACGGACAGCGUUGAGCCCUAUUACAAAGCUACCCCCAGCACUUCUGGAAAACCAACAAGCAGUAAACAAAUACAACACGUGGCUUCAGCAACUUUUUUGGACGUGGCAACAUUGCGUUGUCUGUUUGCAUCUCAAUGGCAAGAAGAGGGAGUGUAUUGGGCGUUACAUUAUCUCUAUAAUCGUUUACGUGAUAUUUGUGAUGACAUAUCCAAACAAGUCCAGCCGAGGAAGAGAAGCAACUCCUUACCGAUACCCAAAAUAGAGGUAUCGAUUUAUCAAAGCCCAGAAAUAAAGGAAAGGGAUUCCUUGAAAAAUUUCAUAGAAAUACCGGAAGUCAAGGAUAUGUCUGUUUUGACGGAAGUACCGUUAGUAAACUUACCUAAAAUCGAGGAAGACGGUCUUAUGACUAGAAGAGCUAGCGAGAAAGUGAAACGCAAAAUGAAAAUGGCUGACCUAAAAGCCUUUGUUGAGACAAAGUUGCUGUCCAAAUCCGAGAAAGCCUUGGAAAAGAUUGGUCAAGACGACCAUAAAUUUAGUUUUCAUACAGCAGUAAGAAUGAUAUCUGAAUACCAUCGUAGUUUGGACAACGCUGACGAUAGGCCUAAUUCAGCUCUAGCCAGCAAUUUUUCACCUCUGACACCAAGAUUUACUGGAGAAUUACUACCAUGCAAUCUAAUUAAAGGGAAAAGUAUGCCAAGUCUUAGAUACAUCGGUGAGAUUAAAACUGAACGAGCUAGAGGUGCUUCAAGCUCAAAGCCAACGAAUAUACAGAAAAAGAAGAAUCCAAUCAUAACAGUGACUGAACACACGCCAACCCCAUCUCCUGAUUACCUUUCUAAAACCAGACAAGGUUCUAUUGAAUCGCAAAUGGAUUCGGUUAGUAUACAAGGAUCACAGCACAUACCUACACCGGAGCGUAAACCGAGUCUCAGUCGAUCGCAAACCGACUCCAAUAUCACGUACGUAAUAGAGGACGUCCAGGAAGCAGUGGGUUCUACGCAUUACAUUACCAGGGGAGGAGAUAUCAACUACCAAGUUGUGCUUAAGGCGGUGUACUCUGUGUCGACUAUGGAAAGUUUCUACAUAACCAUAAGAGUGAUGGAGGUCAUGUUAAAUUUGGUCGACACUUUAAUUGAAAUCGAAGUCCACAAAAAUUGGAAACCGAAUCCAGUACAGUUUGAAUUAGAGAUCAUAGAUCCAGUCGCUGAAUUUCACAAAGAAAAGGAGGGCAAGGAAAGGGAUUCAGGCAUUCCCGCAGCCCAAAGUCAAGAAUCCACGAACGUUGAUGCUGGAAGUAAGGAAAAGAUAAAGAGAGAUGAUAAUUUGGACUGCCCUUACUAUAUGAUUAUGUAUAUUCUUCUAAGAUUAUUACGUCAGCUAGGAUGUUCCCACGGCUGCACUUCCGCACUGAGGGGUCCUCAAGCAGAAUGUCUCCGGGUACAAGCCCGUAACUCAUUGAAACAGCUGAGAACAGCAUCUGUUACAAAGUUCACGCAUAGACUCAAGGAAAUGAUGCAGUUCGCACCCAUCAGAGAAGUAUUGGACAACCUCCACGCGACCUUGGGUUACUGUGUCGAACCGGCCAAUAUGGUUUCUCCUAUGAAUCAACAGAAAAGAAACUUCGUUAAAUCCCCGGAUAUAAGUCAUUUACAAGCCGGAUAUGCCACGAAUUUCGGUGCUGGACACGGUUCCAACGCUAAUCGGUCUAUAGAGUAUUUUAUAGUGGAGUCUACGUUUAGAGUUCUUGUGACUAGAUUUGCAUUGAUGCAUAAGGAGUUGAAGCUCUUGGACAAUUCUAAUCUAUACGCAGAAGUCCGUCUAUUAUUAAGUUAUGUAAGGGAGGCCCAUGGAGGUCAAUUUCGGUUGGUGGCGUUCAGCGGGUUGUUGGAUACUGCUGAGAAACCAGGAACACAACCAAAGGAAGCCAAUAUGCAAACAACCAGGGUUAUCAGGCAUGUUCCUCGUGCUGAUGAAGAACGACCGGCUGAUCCUGAGCCCGUGUAUACUGAAGACAAAUCUCACAAGAAGUUCACAUUUAAGAAACGUAGUACUUCAUCGACUGGAGCCCAUGUUAGGACUUUAUAUCUAUUACUAGAGUCUUCGAGUCUUCUAGAAACAGAAGGAGGCGAGGAGUCUUCCAGUCAAAGUCCGCUAUCAGUUCGAACUCGGAGAUAUCAGCUGACCCCUAGACAGUCAGAACGGACGAUACCAUCUACCUCCUCCACCGAUAUCACCCCCCACCACAAAAUUACACACUCCAAGUCAUUGAACUCCAAAUUUCAUAUUAGCGGCAUUGUGAAAUGGUUCCGCCAGAAGCCUCACCCUCAGCCACUGGUCCGUAACGGCGCGGGGUCCGGGGAGUCGCUGCCCAUAUCCGGCAGUAUGGCGUCGUUGGCGCGACAUCACGCCCAGCCCGUGUCCCGACCAGUUCAUGUUAAACGACGAGUCGGAUAUACUCUUAAUAGGGCGAGGAAACGAGUCGAAGACAGAUUAAAUAGAUUCGGUCUGAGGAAGAUGGGCAAGAAAAGAGACGGAAGUAUCGAAGAGACCAGCGGUGGAUACAUGUCUCGUCGCGGUUCAGCCGAAGGUGGUUCAGGUGGCGGCGAGUCCGAGGUGGUGGUACUGAAGCGUCGUCGUCUCGUAUCAGCGGCUCCGUUGUACGCUGGUCUCGCGAGAUUCAGCUUCAUGUUGGACGCCACACAGCCAGGAAACACACCUGACGCAUUGUUUAUGGCAGCGCUUUUGGAUCUUCCAAACACAGUCGUCGUCGGUCGAGCGGCGAUAUUACUGGAAUGCGCACAUUUAGUUCACAAUUGCAAUAAAGGCCAGUGGCCCUAUUGGCUGAAAUCAAAUAUGGCUAAAAAUCCACUGUCCUCGGGUCCGCUACAGCUGAGACGACAACGUUUAGCUGGAAAACUAUUCUAUCAAUGGGCGGAGGCUAUAGGCAAUAGACUUGAUGAUAUGCUGAAUGAGGACAAGAAACACAUAGAGACGGUUGUUAACUUAGUAAACGACCCUGACGGUCAGCGAGAACUGUUACAGCAGGAUGAAGAGGAAGACUUCUUGGAUGAGGCCAGUAUCCGCCUUCCCGGUAAAACGAUUGGCGCGGAAUGUCCUCGAGCUCUCAGAAUAGUCGCAUGUAUGUUACUGUUUGAAAUCACCGCCUUCUUGAGGGAGACAUACCAAAACCUACCAAAAUCCUGUCGGUCAUCGUUAAAGGAAAGGGGACCUUGGGACCGCGUGUACAGGUGGAUGCAAAAGCGGAGACGUUUAUUGUGUAAUAAUAAGGCUCUUAGCAGUCAACACACAUUAAUGCCAGUCGAAGAGGCAAAUCGUCGGUGGAGUAUGGCUUUAUCGAGUAUGGGACAUUCGCAAGCCUCAGCUCAAAGUCUACAGUCGAUAGCCGGCGCUGAAACGGAGAGAAAAAUAUCAUUCGUACUUCACGAACCAGAAAACGUGUCCGGUGGCAGUAACGUUACGUUACCGGAAGUGAUACCAAGCGCUGAUGAUAAGAAGUCGCGUCUUGGCUCACGUGCGAAGGGCAUCGCUCGCCGUAAUACACAGCAACACGCUGCUUACGGAUCUUUCAAACGGCGAUCAAUAAAACUGAGGCAGAAAGAUUCCAGAGAUGUGGAUGAAUUCGUCACCCGAAGAUCUGACUCAAUACAAAGCAGAAGAAAGGUAUCCUCUUUAUCCGAUAGGAGCGAUACGUCUGAAAUUUAUCCCGGAACAGGAGGUACGGUAAUAAUGCCGAACGAAGUGGACAGCGGUGGUGAGGAGAGUCCAGGUGUACUGUCAGACGACCACGACCAUCCUCCUGACAGCCCUGACAGUAACUCCACAGACCCACCGUUAACAAACAAAGGCUACCCAUGGCUCAAGGUCAUUGUAAAGUUCCUGAAUUCGUUCAAUUACGUAUGCUGCCAUCAGAAUUUCUGUCAUCCUUACUGCUUCCGUCGCAACAUGCGCGCCACAAUGAGACUUAUGAAAUCGGUGCAAAAGAUUUACGGUGAAAAGUUUGGUCCAGAAAUGAAUAGCACAAGUAACGAAGAAGGUUCAAGUGAAACGAGACGAGGUCGGAGGACAAGGAAGCCUUCGGAUCAUGCAAACGACAGAAUCGACCGCUCAGUGAUAGAGAGUGCUGGGUUAGCGUACCGGGCUGCGGGUGGAGAACACAACCUGCCUCACACGGAGGCGCCCCCUGCCGCCGCGCCCGGAACUAUACCUUACCCCCCACUGGAACCGCCAGCUAUACUCAAAUAUAUCAAAACUCAGGUUCGUGAAGCAUACCACGCGCCAUUGGCGACGUUGGUAAAGGGUGCUACCACGUUGUCUGAGGAGGUGUUCUCGGAGGCAGCCGGUGUAGCGUGGAGACUGCUCCUGGAACCAGACCGUGAGCUUAGCGCGUGUGCCGCGGCUUUGUUCGCUUUGGCCGCUGUUCGAGCCCCCGCCGCUCCACAACACCUUAUGCAAAGAGAUCUCAAACAUGCCGACCCUGCUGUCAGAAUUAAUGCAAUUCUUCGUUUCCAAGUCAUGUGGAAAUUGCGAUAUCAAGUGUGGCCUCGGAUGGAGGAAGGUGCUUCUGUGACGUUCAAAGUACCGCCACCUGGCAUCGAAUUCACUUUACCAUCACCUAAAAUAGGGAUUGAGUCAUUAGCGGUCGUUGACCCACCGUGGAGUCCGCAGGUCAAAGACAAGGACAUGGAAAUGACUUUGAACCAAGAAAGACAUAGGUCCCUCGUAACGGCUACAAAAACUCGCAAGAAACAGCAGACAGAGGCUAUAAAGAAAGCAUUACAGCAACGGGAUGAUAAGAAAAAAGCGGAAAGGGAGAGCUUUCUCAUUACAACAAUCCCAAUCACCAGACAAGCCGCGAGGGAACCUGCUUUAGACCACGCUGCGGAUGAUCAUAUUGAACCACCAGCUGAUGAAGAGAUAGCUGAAGGAGUCCGAGGUUCUCACCACACUCAGGUUGCAUCAGCUCUGUUUCCUUCGGUACUUUGCUCAGCUGUGGCUGAAAUUAUAGCGCUUUUAGACGACGCGGCCGUAUCCAGGGAGGGAUGUUCCGUAUAUGAAGUCGCUUAUCAGGUUAUUUGGGGUUGUCUAGUCGAAGACUCGGCCCUAUUUCUCCGUCACGUGUUAGAACGACUCACGCGUGAUCAUCAAGACGAGAUGUUCAAACUUCUUCGGCAUUUAAUUCGUUUCAUACCGAGGUUACCUCAGCAGGCAGCUUUCGCUCUAUACAACUAUAUAAUCGGAUAUGUCAUGUUCUACGUACGAACACCUCAUGAGGAUGGACAGAGGCUCAUUGGAGCUGCCUUAUCAAUUCUAUGGAUGGUCGUACAUAGCGUCCAUGGUAUAAUGUUCAAAGAUCUCAAGCAAAUACUUCGUAAAGAGCAAUGUGAUGCAUCCAUUUUGCUGACCGCCAACGUUCCGGCCGCUAAGAAAAUUAUUGUACAUGGCCCAUCUGAUAAUGAGGGUAGUAUACCGUCACAAUUCCCAGUACAGGAAGAUACACAAUUCUGCCAAAUUUUAAGAGAAUCACUCGACUACUUCGGUAUACCGGAAAAGAUGCAUGAGGAAUAUUUUCUCGUUGAUUUUAAAACACGUCAAAUCCACAAUCCGUCAUCAUACGUCCGCGACCACUACUUCUUCAAGCGCUCCCAGUACCCUCAGCUGGGUCUGGUACACAUGCAGCCUGAAGAAGCCUUCGAGAGACUCCAGAGACAGGAACUGCUCAUCAAGUUCGUCGAGAUAGGGAAGGUCCUACUGACGUGGGCCAUACUAAAAAAUGUUGAUAUGGUGGUUCAAAGGGUGGUGUUUCUUCACGACGAGCUGAUGAAACUACCCUCGUUUCCUCGGAAAGCUCUGGAAGCCGAUCUCACUCUAUACAGUCGCGGACCCCUCGGCUCAACGCUCCUUGGCUUGGAUGUUCUGCAUAAGUUCAUGUGGGUCCGUCUUAUUUCCCGUAUGUUUGAAGCUAUGGCCGGUAACUUCACCUCGUCUCGUGAUAUCCAUCUGUUUCUGAACGUCCUGAACGGCGCCCUGAUGCUUCACAGCGAGGACUGUCUCAUACUGCGCUACGUCAUAGCCACCUAUGUUAACGCAGCGUUCAAUUUUAAAAAUAUCUUCUCAACCAAUGGAUAUCUCCUCAUAAUGCCCACGUUGUUGCAAAUAUAUUCGAACUUCCAAACCAAUAAGUUAGUGACGACCACCAUUGAAUACGCUGUUAAGCAAUUCUACUUGCUGAACAGGAAACCGUUCAUAUUACAAAUGUUCGGUUCGGUGUCCGCUAUACUAGAUACUGAUGAAGAAGCUGCAUUCGGCGAUGCUAGCAAAGUCCAAUCCAGCUGUCUGUUCAACCUGCUGCUAAGCCUGGAGACGCCAUCACCAGACCCGUUACACAUCGCUGAACUAAUCAAAGAAGAGAAACCUCUCAAACCCAUCGACUUCUGCUACAGAGAUGAAGAGGAAAUGGUCAACGUACUAGACUGCAUCAGUCUCUGCGUCAUGGUCGUGUCGUAUAGUGCCGAGAGCAUGCGGGGAUAUCAAAUGCUCAUAAUAUUGGAAGCAAUUCUUCCCUGCUAUGUGAAACAAAUACAACUACCCACAUAUAACAGAGAGGGGAAAACUGAAAAGGAAAUCAUACAGCAACUUGCAAUAGCUAUAAAAACACUAGUAAAUAAUUGUGAAGGAUUAUCCAAGUCUUACAACGGUCCAUACCGCACGUCUCCAGAGCACAAAGGUUCGUCUCAGCGUGGUUGUCGCGGCCCAACAGCCUUCCUGCCACUGGACGCUCUCGACGACGAGUCUCACUCUCGUUACGUCAGCGACCACUCGCGGCCGCCGCCCGCACCCGACUACGGCGCUGCCGAGGACUCCGAGUUGAUACGAGCCGAGUACCGUCGUCCCAGAGACGUGUUACUCUCUUUGGUGGGAGAGUUCAUCGGCACAGCCACGGCUCGCCUCUUGGAACUGAACGGGUCCAAGGGCAGCGGAUCAGAGGGCAAACCGGUGGAAUUACUGGACACUAAGUCACAUGCUGUAUGGAAUAGACUUGCGGAGAUAGCCCACUCUCUACUGAAAGUAUCACCUUAUGACCCGGAAUCUAUGGGUUGUCGGGGUCUUCAGCGGUAUAUGACUCUAGUCCUGCCAGCCGCGGACUGGUCCAACGACGCCAUCAGACCAGCCCUCAUCACUAUCCUGAGAAGAUUGGAUAAAGUCUUCCUGAAAAUUGCCAAGAAACCAAGUAUACGGCGGAACACGGACUGGGACGCGGCGGCGGGCUUGCUCAAAGGAGUGUACGAAACAAUGAUCCGAUGUCCUUACAUCAUGCAUCUGCCGCAAGUUAAGACACUGCUAAACACGGUUCAAUCGCUAAUAGUAUCGGACAACAGCAGCGGUGAGAAUCUCUCUUCAGCGACAGCGGCCUUGAUGUCGCAGCCGCCGCCGUCGCACUUCUGCAGCACGGUCGUUAGGCUCAUCGCUCUGCAAGUGGUCAACGCCGGGGACAGCUACUCCCUGGAACAGAUGUGCGGCGGCAGCGCUAUAUUCCAAACAGCGGAGAAAACUGAGAACAUGCUCACUAAUCUGUUCAUGCCGUUAUGUUUACGCGUCGGAAGCGGAAGGAAGGACGUUCCGCCGUUGCGUCAGUCGGACGUGUCGUACCUGGUAUCGGCGAUAGUGGGCGCGUUGUGUCCCCCGGCGCCGGCUGCCCAGGCCGCGGCCGCCAACGCCAAGUUAACGAUGGACGCCCGCGCCAACUCGCUCACCUUCACCGGCAGCAGAGACACCAGGAACACCACCAAGUUGUCGAAUCAUUUGUAUCGCGUCGCGUUUCUGGCCCUGAAGGUGCUGUGUGCUUGUUUCACGAGCGAGCUGUGUAGUGAGUGGGGUCGUAUAGCUCGUGCCAUGCGGGAGCUGGGUCGGAGGAACGAGGCCGCCCAGCACCUGUGGGACUUCCUGGAACACGUGGUCACUUACCGCACACCGCUAUACGUGCUGCUACAGCCGUUCAUUGUUCACAAGCUGUCCCAGCCCCCUAUCGGUGAUCACGAGCGUCACAUGCAGUUCAUGGUCCGUGAGCGUGUGCGAGGCCUCAAGCUGCCCGAGGCCCGGGCCCGGGGCGCUCUACUGGCGGAACUCACAAAGGAACUCAAACAACUUAGAGACGAACGGGACAAUUAUAAAGAGAACAUAGGUCACGGCGGUGGUAAGCGCGCCUCGGAGGCGGUGCCUCGUGGCGACAAGGCUCAGCAGCACAGACCCUCGCUGAUAUCGAUGCUGGUGGGCCGAGCGCCGGCACCGCGUACACCCGACCACCCAGCGCCACUCGCUGCACAGAGAGAAUCCCUAUCGAGCAGUUCCACGAUGAGUCAGCCGGUGUAUGAGGUGCCAUCUAUGAACAACAGCGGUCGUCUGAGCGACAACGGAAAUAAUAUCGCUAGCAACGCAUACAUAGGAUCUGCAACCAACAACUAUGGCAGUGACCGGCCUCCUGUGAACACACCGCCCUAUUCGAAUAUUCCACCCAAACUGCGUUUCGUUUCUUCAGUGGAAUUUAAAUUUACUACUGGUGAGACCUCAAUGACACCGCUGUCCCCGGCGUCUGGUGAGUCUUGUUCGGAGGCGGCGGAAGAUGACCGGCCGCGGCUACAACGAGCACACGGACCGUCCAAAAAGACGUUCAAGUUUAGAAGAAGCAGGAAAUCAGAGCCCUCCCCCCAUUGUAUCCUUCGUAUGGAAUCUGACGAGUGUCCGUCGCCGUGCCGGCCGGCUUUGUUACAACCCUCGGUACUGACCGACACUUCGUAUGACAGCGAGAUAUCACAGACCUCCUCCACAUCAGGCUACAGGGAGAGUUACAGCCUGCAGGCGUCUAUGUCCGAAUCACCGGGCGGUUCGCUGUGUGGCUCGGCUCGCGGCUCGGUCCGCGCACGGGACUCCGCCACGCCGCACGCAAGUCCCGACGCAUCUCUUAGUUGUGAUUCUGUGACGUCAUCUGCGGAGCGCACGGCCUUACUGGGCGCGGCCAGCCAACGCUCACUGUUGUUAAGCGGCGAAUUGAGAGAUGAAGAUACUUUACUAUAAUUAUUUGAAUAAAAUACAUGUUUAAGCACUCGCUUGAAAAUAAUUAUUAGAUUUAGAUCAGUGUCAGAUGUUAAUUAAGUCGCAAUAGAUACAAUUUUUCCAAAAUUAAAUUCAAUAUAUUGCGUUUCUUUUAUAAAUUUUACCAAAAAUUUUAGUAUCCGUGAAAUUAAGCAAAAAUUUGUUAUCGCAGAACUAAUAAUUUUCUCUUACUAAUACAUAAAUGAAUUAAGGCUUAGAAAAAACAAUAGAUUUUUUUUACAACCCAUAAAUUUAUGAUUACUAAUCGGUCAUUUAAACAGAAACUGCAAGUAGAGUACAAUCUUAGGGCAGUAUGAAAGAAACGCCUAGUUAUAAGUAAUAUUGAUGACGUUAAUAAUUAUGGUAGCUGUAUUACAUUGUUUAAAUAUGUUUGUAUGUUCAAUUAUUUCGAGAUUUACAAUAAAUUAAUCGGACAUGUUCA